AUGACUGACGAUAUAAAUAGUAAUAAUAGCAAUAAUGACUCAGAGAACAAAUCUAAUCCUGUCACCAUAACCUUUCCCAAAACGUUAUCCAAAUUAAUAUCAAAAAUUGAAGAGAAAUCAGGAUUAUCAUGGCCUUUAUUUGUUCCAGCCUCUACAAUUGUACUAAGAACAAUUUUUACAUUACCAUUAAUGAUAUGGCAAAGAAAAAGAUUAGUUAGACAGCAGCAACUAUCUACAAUUAUUAAAGCAACUAGGCCCGUACUGAAAUUAAGAUUAGCAGCACAAUCUCAAACGGCUGGCAAUGCAAGCAGUCUAACAGCUGAUCAAAUCACCCUUUUAAGUAUCAAAGAGACUAGGAAAAGACAAAAAAAAUUAUUUAAAGAAAACGGUGUGGAAAUGUGGAAAAAUACUAUUUUACCAUUAGUACAAGUUCCAUUGUGGAUCAGCUAUAGUCUUGGUUUACGUAGUUUGGAUGACAAGAUAUUACAACAAACGGCAUCUACUUCUAUUUUCGAUAAUGAUUUAGUAAUCAAUUUUGCGGAUUAUCCCUUUUUGUUGCCUGGAAUAUUGGGUACUUUAGCUCUAUGGAAUAUCGAAUAUAAUGCCAAAAUAUAUGGACUAAGGCAAAAUUCUAACGCUGUGAAUGCUUCAAAUAUGGUUAGAGCUAUGGGUAGCAUUGUAACUUGUCUAAGGUUUGGUGCUAUUUCCAUGAUGUGUUUUAGUGUACAACAACCACCACUUUUGGUAUUAUAUUGGAUUACAUCUCAAGGCUAUUCUGCAUUUAUGAACUGGGUAUUAAAUAAAUUCUGGCCAUAUGAAAAGUCUAUAUAG